UGCGGACGGGUCUCUGAUCGUCUGACUCACCUGUUAAUGAUAUCAAUCCCUCAAACACAAAGGGCUUAAAACUGGGAUCUAUUUCCUCAUCAUUGUCAGAUGGGGAAAUACUGAGUGACUCGGUGUUAAUUAAGCCAAUGCCUUUCGGCCGGGUCAUGUUUUGUGGCUGCUCCUUACACUUAAGAAUCAUGCAGUCAGCAAUAACAUGUCCAGGCUGAUGACAAUAGUGACAUUCUCUCUCCUCUUUGCUCCUCGUAAAUACUUUCGCUGGCUGACCAACAGGUGCACCCGGCAUGCGGCGAGAGUUCUCAGCAACAGCAGGAGAAAACACCGAUUUAUGGAUUAACACGUAUUCGUCAGCUAGCACCGCAGCAGCAGAGAGAGAAGUUACUUUCUGUUCGUUUAUGUACCCCACAAUACGAUCCGGUAAACCCCUCUUAAAUUUCUCCAUAAGGAUUCAUUCCUUCAAAGCAGAAUACUCUGCAGCAUUACACGAAUCAAUCCACUUAGUAAGUAACAUCCCCUUCUCUGCAAACUCGACAUGUGUUUGGUUAGAACCCUUCCUGUGAUUCCUAAACUUCUGCCGGUAAGCUUCGGGGACUAACUCGUACACCCUAAGUAUGGCCCCCUUCACCAAGUCGUAAUCCAUACUGUCCUCCAGCGAAAGAGCAGCAACCGCCUCCUGAGCUCUCCCGUGAAUGUUAGACUGGAUUAACAGAGCCCAGGCCUCAGCCGGCCACUGUAAUGCCGCUGCAAUGCGUUCGAAUGCCCCAAAAUACGCGUCCACUUCAGUCUCACGAAAAACCGGCACUGAAAUAUUCUUUCCUACGUUGAAAGCAGGUGGGUGAGAAUGAAGGGAGGAACUUCCUCCGACAUGGCCAAAAGCACCGGAGGCGCGCAGCUCGGAGUCUAGCUCCAGCUGACGUAUCCGGACUUCCUUGUCCAUUUCCAACUUUCGUAGCUCCAACUGUAACUGCCUGGCUUUCUCCCUGUCGUUAGCUUCCCACUGAAGCUGCCUGUCCUUAGCUUCCAACUGGAGCCGGGCGAGUCGGACCUUGAGUUUACUCCCCUCCCGGGAAUCUGUACUACCAACAGGAGAUGAUGGACAUUUGCGAGACGGCGUGAGCGGUGCCUCACACGACUCGCCCCCCUCACUGUCACUACCCCUUCCUUUAGCAAAUGUAAACUCCGCCUCAGACCCCGGACGUAACAGGCCUUCAGUGAGAACAUUGGACACUGGGAGCUCAGCUGGUACAGCCAGUACAAGUACCUCUCUUCUCACCAUCUCAUCCACUACCAAUGCCUUCAACUCCUUUUUUAAUAAUUGCCGACUCACCACAAGACUGAAGUGCUGCGCUAUUUCCAUCAAAUCGUCCUUAAGACACCGGUCCAGCUCCUCAUAGGACGGCCAGACUAGGAACGACUCUAAGUUGAAAGACGCCAUACUCAGCUAAAUCUGCCCACUUUACCAAUUUUGUUUUUAGCUAUAAGAAACUCACUUAUAAUCCCAGGAAUUAAUUAAGAUCCCGGACGAGAGCCCCCACAUGUUACGCUCCCUAUUGGGCUAGGGGAACCAAAAGGGAAGCGACACGACCAGAUUGGAAUUGGUAAUAAUCAUAAAUGGGUUUAUUAUCAAGCAAGGUGAACAAAAAUGGCAAGCAAGCAGCCUGAACAAACAAAAAGACCAAAAGGGCACCGGUUGACAAUAACCGAACAAAAGGAGAACUCAAAAGGAGUCUAACGGAUCAUACAGAGUAAUAGUUAAAUAAAAGAGAAACAAAACCUCACGUUAACGUGGUACAUGUAAUUGAAAGGGCUGUGCAAAAACCACAGCUGCUGGUGAUCGACAGGUGCUAAUCACCUGGGUCCAACCAAUACUCAUACAAGUGCUGAUCUACAGGCGCUAAGCUAACCUGGGUCUAAGCCAUACACACACACACCCUAUACUAAACACAAAACACUACGACACGCUGCUAAUCAGUGUACUAAACACAUAAACUCUUCUCAACACACUGCUAGGCAGUCUAACGAGACACAGAAUAUGGCAAUAACAGAAUGAGAGGCUUGAGGCGUCUGUCCCACAAUACAGAGCCUCCCGAAUGAUGUCCUUGCCCGGCCUUUGUACUCCUCCCCCAGGUGACGUGGCCAAAGCGGGCGGGGAUUAGAUGACGUCAGUCUAAUCACUGCGGAGGUUGCGAGGGCGGGACGGCCAAUAACAGCUGAUGAACUGCACCGCUCAUUCACAUAUACACACAAAACAGAGUUAACGGCACAAGGUAAACAGCGGCUGUAACACUCUCCCACAGUCCUCCCCAUGUCCUCCCCAAGUAGUGAGCAGGACUUACCUGUUCCGAAGGUAACCUCAGAGGAACCUGUCUGUCUCUCUCCGGUCCAGGUCUCCCGCCCUGCUGACAAGCAUUAUGGAAGGUCCUACCGCAGGAAGAAAGCACAGAUCCUCCCCAUGUCCUCCCCAAGUAGUGAGCAGGACUCACCUGUUCCGAAGGUAACCUCAGAGGAACCUGUCUGUCUCUCUACGGUCCAGGUAUCCCGCCCCGCUAACAAGCACCAUGGAAAGACCUACCGCAGGAAGAAAGCAAAGAGCAAGAGCAAGCUGAAAGUCCUCCCCAUGUCCUCCCCAAGUAGUCUGGACUCACCUGUUCCGAAGGUGAAUCAGGCAGAGCUUCUGUUCGAUCAGAUCUUUCACUCCUCCCCCACACACUCCUCAGGGUUACCUGAGGGGGCGGAGCUACAAAUGUCUCAGGUGCAGAAAUACAUGUUUGGAGGAGACCUCUCUUCCAUUCCAAAGGAAGGGUUCGGUUCUGGCAGGAAGAGGUCCGCUCUAGACUCAGGUUACCUGUCAGACCAAACUAAGGGCCCGCUGGGCAAAACCAGGAGGGAGGAGCCUGAGGCCAAGGGGGAGGAGCCUGUGUCAGAGGGAGAGGGGGUGGAGGGGGAAGAGCCUGUGUCAGAGGGGGAAGCACCUGAGUGGGAGGAGCCAGAGCCUAAGCGGGAGGAGCCAGAGACAGAGGGGGAAGAGCUGUGGGAGGAGCCAGAGACAGAGAGGGAGGAGCCUAACAGCCUGCAGACAGAGUCCUCACCUGAGGGGGCGGGGCCUGUGGGGUGGGUGGAGCCAGGGUCUCACCUGACGUACAAUAUCACCGCUGCCUUCAACACCUUUAAUUCUCAGCUGGAUCACCACUUCACCGGCUGCUGGAAGAACGUGGAGACAGAAAUACUCCAGUCGUUAACAAAAUCUCAACAACACGUCUCCUCCCCGCUGACCGCUGUCCAUCAACACAGGUUGGUGUUGCUCCACAGGUUUCAGAGCAGUGUCACUGAUCAGCUGAAGAGUCUCCAUGAUGAUUCAAACCGUCUGACUUCCAUCAACACACAGACCCUGAACUUCUUCCAGACUGAGAUGCAGCAGCUGGGCUCGUUCUGUGAGGAGACCCUGACCAUAUUAAGGUCAUUGGGUGGGGGUGAGUCGGGGGCGGGGCAUCCAUCCAGCCAAUGAGGGAGGAGGAGAGCUCGUCCAAUCAGGAGACUCCCUGAGGUUUAAUUUGUUAAGAUCCUGACCCUGUGGUUCAGGACUUCAUUCAGAUUCAGUUCUGAUGUCUUUUUGUUUACCUUAAAGAACCGGUUCCAGGCUGGUUCUGUCUCUUUGUUUCAGCCUCGGAGCUUCUAUAAAUCCUGGUUCUGUAAAA